AUGGUGAAGAGAACUCGGAGAGGACUUAUUGGCGCAAGAUCUGAGGCGAAGAUGGUGCAUGCAGAUGGCAAUGAACAAAAGCCUCAUCUGAUUGAUGAUCCCAGUGAAGAGAAUCCAAAUCCUCCUGUUGCAGCUACUGACGAAAAUCCUGCAGCGUCCGAUGCUCCAGCUGAUAGCUCAGGCACUUUCGCUACUGCAAAUGAAGAAGAUUCCCAGAGUUCCACUUCUGUGAAUCCCGAAGCAAAACCCGGCGACGGAGAAGCCAAGGCUGAUUCCGAGACUACCCAGAAAGUCGACGAAGAUGAGGCGGAGGUUGAGGAGAAUAAGAAAUCAGGGGAUUCUCAACCUCUCGAGGUUCAAGAACCCAUAAUCAAGCCUACGGAGCCUGAAUCUGUUGCUCAAGAUCAAGCCGAAGAAGCGUCAUCGGAUUCUGGAGCCUCGCCGACUUCUGUCUCGGUGAAAGAACAGGCUGCGAAAGCUGCUCGCAAAGGAAGACGCUGA